GCACCUUUGGCACAUUAUGCCUGUGUAUAAAUGAGACGUGAUGGAUCAGUGAGGCCAAAGGGGAACCCAGUAAGCAACGAGUGUCAGAGCCUCUAUUCUAAAGACCCUCAAGCAGCACGGACAUUAAUAAGAUGGAGACCAAGAAAAGUGCAAGGAAAUAUGACACGUGGGAAGAGGGCAGUGAUUUGUCAGAGCAGAUUAAAGAAGCCACAAAGGACAACCAUGUGAGAGCUGAAAAUACCGAGCUGAUGCUGAGUUACCAAAGGGGACAGAUCACACUGCCACAGUACAAGCUCCUGCUGUGUUCCCUCCAUGAGAUCUACAAGGUGCUCGAAGAGGAACUGGAUAAGAAUUGUUCCCAUCCGGCGGUCGCACCGAUAUACUUCCCACAGGAACUUGCUCGCCUGGAAUACCUGGAGAGCGACUUGGAGCAUUUUUUCGGCCCGGACUGGAGUGGGAAGGUGAUUGUUCCGGCUGCCACCCACAGAUACACGCAGAGGCUACGAGAGAUUGGUCAAAAGAAUCCGGUGCUGCUGGUGGCCCACGCUUACACUCGAUAUCUUGGGGAUCUGUCAGGAGGUCAAGUGCUGGGAAAAAUUACCCAGAAAUCGCUCCGACUGACAGGAAAGGAGGGUCUUUCGUUUUUCUCAUUCCCGGGCGUGACCAGCGCGAAUCGCUUCAAGCAGCUAUACAGGAGUCGCAUGAACGCCAUCGAGCUAACCGAGGCGGAGAGGGCGGCUGUGCUGGAGGAGGCGGUUCAGGCCUUUGAGUUCAACACCCAGGUUUUUGAUGACUUGCAGAAGCUUUUGUGUGUCGCAACCGAACCAUCGAAGAUCAACCCUGCCACUUUCCCAUUUCCUCCGCUCAUGCCUUUCACUGUGGGACUGUGCGUCACAUUGGCUACUAUUGGAACGGGAAUGUAUCUCUUGUAGUCUUACCCAACGCCGCAAGCACCCAGAGCACUUUACUAAUAAAACAAAUGACAACUGGAACCAUGGCUUUUAAAAAUGUCCGCACUUGUAUUUGAUUGAACAACCUACUGUAUGUCCUUUUUUUUUUUUUUUAUUCCAGAGUAUAAGUAUGUAUUUGUCGAAACAAACAUUAAAAGAGGAAACAGAUUUGUUGACAGUA